UGAAGCUGUUCUCGAUACUCGUCAUCACACAUCCCUUUCGCCUUCUUUCUGGUUCUGUCGAUGGCUGGCUACAAGGGUAGGCUUUGCUCCUUAUUUGGUUCUCUGGUGCUCCGGUCGGUGGGGACUACCUGCAUAUACAAUUGCUCUGCAUAUUUCGUUAUCUGGCUUCUUGUCAUUCGUGAAUAGCUGGGCCCUGUAACCAUCAAACACUUUGAGCUCCGAGUGGAGUGCAUACACAAAGGCAACAAAUGCAUUUGGGUUUCUAGGUUGCGGUUCGUUGAUUUAAAGCAGUGGAAUAUUCGCUGAGAGCAUAUCAAACACUCAUCUCGUUCACAUUCUGCUAUUCACAUCUCUUCAUUCACAUCUGAUGAUUGAGAUUUGAGUCAUUGUGAUAUCUGAAAGCCGUUGAAAUCUUCAACAUACCUACUACCCAUCCAUAUCUUUAACGACUCUACCCCUCGCUCCAAAGCAGUCUCGAAUUAUGACUCGCCCCCAAGAAUCAAUUCCACCAGCUGCCAAUGUACUAGGAACGUUGGGAACUGGCUGCUGGUGUGUUCAGAUAAUUCCACAGGUAUGGCACAACUAUCGACGAAAAAGCACCGAAGGCUUGCCGGGUUUGAUGCUUAUGCUUUGGGCUGGGUGUGCUGUUCCUUUCGGCGUAUAUGCGAUCGUUCAGAACUUCAAUGUUGCACUCCAAGUACAGCCGCAAUGCUUUGGUGCCCUCACCUUAAUUUGCUGGGGACAGACUCUUUAUUAUCACAACCACUGGAGAGCCUGGACAGCCACGCUCAUGACUGUCAUCGUCGCUCUUACGUUCGGUGUAGUGGAAGCUGUACUCAUCGUAACGCUUCGCAUCCCGUACUACAACGGUGUAGAAUGGCCGAUGAUGAUGAUGGCCAUCAUCGCCUCUGUGAUACUGGCACUCGGACUGAUCCCACCGUACUUCGAGCUGGCCAAGCGCAACGGUCGCGUAAUCGGUAUCAACUUCUUAUUCCUGACCGUUGACAUGGCUGGUGCUUUUCUCUCGCUGAUGGCGCUUGUUGCUCAGCACACCUUCGACGUCCUUGGUGGUUCCCUUUACAUAGUUUGUCUCUUCCUCGAAACAGGUAUCUUCCUCUCGCAAGCCAUCUGGCUCUGGCGCGUCCGUCACGUCCGGCGAGAAGCCAAGAAGGCCGGCAAAACCUACGAUGAAUUCAUCGCCGAAAAUCCCUCGAUCAAGAUGCCCCGAUCUGAUUCGGCAGAUUGCGUUGUAGAUCCCGAGGCGGGCUUAAGGAAGACAGAAAAGACCGAGAGAGGAACACGUCCGUCUGACAGCGGGACGACUGUUGAUGCUGCCCGUGAAAAUGAUGGGCAUUAAUCGUGGAGACAUCGGAUGGAUUAAUGCAAGAUGGGUUAUUCGUCCAUGAUUUGUGUGGUAUUCUUAUGUACUUGCUGGGUUGUGAUCAUCUGUUUCUGCUUGUUCAACAGCUUCUAAUUGCUCUAAAUUUUCUCAAGCAUUGUAUGGUAUUUGAGUUUAGAAAAGCUGGAGUAGGGAAAAGUUCCAUGAUAUUUACUUG